AUGCAUAUUCUGAUUCUGGGAGCAACGGGGCGAACGGGUCUUUACGGAUACCAAUAUGCCUUGGAUCAAGGGUUCUCUGUUACUAUCCUUGUUCGCAAGUCCAAUGGUAUCGAGCCUCAUGAUCGGCUGUCAAUCGUCGAGGGUUCCCCUCUAUCAGAAGAGGAUAUGCAGCGUGCAUUCAAGGCUGCCGGGGUUUACGUUGAUGCUGUCCUGGUAUUCCUCAAUGCACCCCGUGUUGGCCAAAACCCGUGGGGUAAAUUCCUCGGGCCACCUCGUCUGAUCGCAGACUCGACAAGAAAUGCGGCUCGUGCUCUCCGCGCACAAACUGAGAUACACCCAGGGAGCAAACCUCGCAUGGUCGUGAUGAAUGCGCUUGGUGUUGGCGAAAGCUACGCAGUCACACCUUACAUUGUCCGAUUUAUGAUCAGGUUCAGCAAUGUUUCUGAAUCAUAUAAGGACCAUAAUGCCGUGAAUGACGAAAUUGAAGCGAACUGUGGAGAUGAUGUAUUGUGGACGCUUCCAUUGCCGGUGGGGUUGCAAAGUGGCGGUAUAAAGCCAGUGAGAACAUUUGGCAGUACUGAGUCUGGGGCUAGUCUGUUUAUCACUCGUGAAAGUUGUGCUCGAUGGAUGGUCGAUGUGGCAGCAGGAAAGAAUGGCAAUGAUUUUGAUAACAAAAGGGUCAUCGUGUCAAACUAG